AUGACCACAGAGACAGCUGAACCCACGUCCACUCAAACCUUCACCUACAGUCAUCCACAGAGACUGAGAUACUCUUUUGAUACUGACCUGCUGACCCCAGAAGAUCGACUCUUCUAUGAGGAAAAUGGAUUCCUUCUUGUCAAGAAUCUGGUGUCUGAGGAGGACAUUGACAGGUUCAGGAAGGCGUUUGAACGCAUCUGUCGACAGGAGGUGAAGGUUCCCGGCCUGGUGGUGAUGAGAGACGUGGCCAUCGCUAAGUCAGAGUUUGUUCCGGAUCAGAAAGCUGUCUCUAAACUCCAGGACUUCCAGGAAGAUCCUGAACUGUUUCGGUACUGCUGCUUACCAGAGAUCCUGAAGUAUGUGGAGUGUUUCACUGGACCGAACAUCAUGGCCAUGCACACCAUGCUGAUCAACAAACCUCCUGAUGCAGGUACGGUGUGAAGAAAUACUAUUGUUACGGGUGAAUCAAUCAGCUGACUGACAGGAAACAAUCAGUAACUAUUUUGGAAAAUGAAUAAUAGUUGAAAUAAUUUCUUCAAGUGAAAUUUCCAACUCCUGAUUUCUCAGUUGUGAGGUUUUGUCACAAAGGUUUCGCAGUGGAUUUGGAUCGUGCAGUAAGGCGGCCCUGCUCGUUUAUGUUCAGUGAAUUAGCCAUUUUAUUGACAGUUCUCACCUCCCUGCGUGCAAAUGUUCAACAAAACAAUUCCAUCCGUCACUAAUAGUCUCCGAUUGCCACCAUUCAGCAGCACCGUUCCCCCCAUUCUUUGCAUUUUUGUUUUAGUAAAACAAAAAAUAUCAAGUAAAUAAAAAAGCAGAUGGUGUUUUUAAAUUUGACUUUUGAGAAGAUGGUGCUGCUCUGAGUGGCAUCAAGUCCAUGUAGCCCCAAAAGUAUGUGUUUU